UCAAGUGUCACAACAAGGGUGACUCACAGAGGAGGGAGCCUGACACUUCCUUACACAUGUAGGUACUCAGAGCACCUCCACUUCCAGAGAUCAGCGCGGCCAAGUGACACAACCCUUCCUUCCCCAGCACAGACGACAGACCGCAAUCAGCCCAGCAAGUCCCCAGCAGCUUCCACUCCCAGGUCGUCUUUAAAAAGGACAACAUCUUAUUUUAUUGUUCAAGAAAGAAGUCAUCUUGUGGAUACAGGAAAACGAUGUUCUUAUGGGUGUUAGCCCUCCUAGUCCUUUGUGGUUUUCUAUGGAGCUAUGCUGGUAAAAGACAACCAACGAUUGCAGGCAUCGCUGAUAAGUACAUUUUCAUUACUGGCUGUGACUCGGGCUUUGGAAACUUGGCGGCCAGGACUUUUGAUAAAAAAGGAUUUCGCGUGAUUGCUGCCUGUCUGACUGACGCGGGAUCAACGGCGUUAAAGGCGGAAACCUCCGAGAGGCUUCACACUGUGCUUCUGGACGUGACUGACCCAGAGAAUGUCAAGAGGACUGCCCAGUGGGUAAAAGACCACGUUGGGGAAAAAGGUCUCUGGGGGCUGAUCAAUAAUGCUGGUGUUCUCGGCGUGCUGGCUCCCACCGACUGGCUGACGGUGAAGGACUACAGAGAACCCGUAGAAGUGAAUCUGUUCGGACUCAUCGACGUGACCUUAAAUAUGCUUCCCUUGGUCAAAAAAGCUCGGGGGAGGGUUAUCAAUGUCUCCAGCAUUGGGGGCCGUCUCGCAUUUGGUGGAGGAGGCUACACACCAUCCAAAUACGCAGUAGAAGCCUUCAAUGACAGCUUAAGACGGGACAUGAAAGCUUUUGGUGUGCAUGUCUGUUGCAUCGAACCUGGAUUAUUCAAAACAGGAUUAUCAGAUCCAGUAAAGGCUGCUGAGAAGAAAUUUGCCAUUUGGAAGGACCUGUCUCCAGAUAUCAAACACCAAUACGGAGAAGGUUACAUUGAAAAAUGUGAUGGACAUGCUGGGAAGGACUCAAGCAAUACGAGGUCAGGGUGGUUGAUUUGA